CGGGGGCGCCCGUGCAGCGGCGGCGGCGCGAGCGGCGCCUCGGGGCCGGUGAAUCAUCCCGGCAGACACCGACACCGCGGCAGCAGAGAGCAGCGCCGAAAAAUGGCUGAAGCGGGCACGGGCUUUCUGGAGCAGCUCAAGUCCUGCAUAGUGUGGUCGUGGACUUAUCUCUGGACCGUGUGGUUCUUCAUCGUGCUCUUCUUGGUCUACAUCCUGCGGGUGCCCUUGAAGAUCAACGACAACUUGAGCACAGUGAGCAUGUUUUUGAAUACAUUAACACCGAAAUUCUACGUGGCCCUGACUGGCACUUCCUCACUAAUAUCAGGGCUUAUUUUGAUAUUUGAAUGGUGGUAUUUUCGCAAGUAUGGAACGUCAUUCAUUGAGCAAGUCUCAGUAAGCCACUUGCGCCCCCUUCUGGGAGGGGUUGACAACAACUCCUCCAACAAUUCUAACUCCAGUAAUGGAGACUCGGAUUCCAACAGGCAAAGUGUCUCAGAAUGCAAAGUAUGGCGAAAUCCAUUAAAUUUAUUUAGGGGCGCUGAAUAUAAUCGGUACACUUGGGUGACAGGACGAGAGCCUCUGACUUACUAUGACAUGAAUCUCUCUGCCCAGGACCACCAGACAUUCUUUACUUGUGACUCGGACCAUCUGCGUCCUGCAGAUGCAAUAAUGCAGAAAGCCUGGAGAGAGAGAAACCCCCAAGCUAGGAUUUCUGCAGCUCACGAAGCCUUAGAGAUAAAUGAGUGUGCAACUGCUUAUAUUCUCUUGGCUGAAGAAGAAGCAACAACCAUUGCUGAAGCAGAAAAGCUGUUUAAGCAGGCUCUGAAGGCUGGAGAUGGGUGUUACCGGCGUUCUCAGCAGCUACAGCAUCAUGGAUCCCAGUAUGAAGCCCAACAUAGACGAGACACCAAUGUCUUGGUCUACAUCAAAAGAAGGCUAGCAAUGUGUGCCAGAAGACUUGGGAGGACCAGGGAAGCAGUGAAAAUGAUGAGAGACUUAAUGAAGGAGUUCCCCUUGCUGAGCAUGUUCAACAUUCAUGAAAAUCUUUUAGAAGCCCUUCUGGAGCUACAAGCAUAUGCUGAUGUUCAGGCAGUCUUAGCAAAGUAUGAUGAUAUAAGCUUACCAAAGUCGGCAACAAUAUGCUACACAGCUGCCUUGCUCAAAGCAAGAGCUGUUUCUGACAAAUUCUCUCCCGAGGCUGCAUCUCGGCGGGGGCUGAGCACAGCAGAGAUGAAUGCGGUAGAGGCCAUUCAUAGAGCUGUGGAGUUCAAUCCUCACGUGCCAAAAUACCUACUAGAAAUGAAAAGCUUAAUCCUACCCCCAGAACAUAUCCUGAAGAGAGGGGACAGUGAAGCAAUAGCGUAUGCGUUCUUUCAUCUGGCACACUGGAAGAGGGUGGAAGGGGCUUUGAAUCUUUUGCAUUGUACGUGGGAAGGCACUUUUCGGAUGAUCCCCUAUCCCUUGGAAAAGGGGCAUCUAUUUUAUCCUUACCCAAUCUGUACAGAAACAGCAGACCGAGAGCUGCUUCCCUCUUUCCAUGAAGUCUCAGUUUACCCAAAGAAGGAGCUUCCCUUCUUUAUUCUCUUUACUGCUGGAUUGUGUUCCUUCACAGCCAUGCUGGCCCUCCUGACACAUCAAUUCCCGGAACUUAUGGGGGUCUUCGCAAAAGCUAUGAUUGACAUUUUCUGCUCGGCAGAGUUCAGGGACUGGAAUUGCAAGAGUAUUCUCAUGCGUGUUGAAGAGGAACUGGAAAUCCCACCGGCACCUCAAUCUCAACAUUUCCAGACCUGAACUCAUCGCCCUUCUUCCCCCGCCACCAAAACCACUCCUCCUCCUGUCCUCCCGACCUCCGCCAGUGGCACUGCUGCCCACUCAGUUCCUCAAGCCAGAAACUCGGCAGCCCUCCCAAACUCCUCCCUCCCUCCCUCUCCACACCCCGUCUUUCUCGGCUUCCACAACCAGUCAGUCUAACCUCCUGAGCCACUACAUUCACCUCUUCUCCCCCGCUUUCUCUGCUAGUUUAGUCCUCUCUCUUAGUUUAGGUCUUUGUUAUUUCUUGCCUGGCUGCCUGCAAGAGGCUUAACUGGUCUCCUUGCUUCCCGUCUUAUCCUCUGCCAGUCUUUUUCUCAUACUGACACAGGAAUGAUCUUUCUAAAUUUGCAAGUCUGAGCAUGUCACUUCCCUGCUUGAAUGUCUCCAGUGGUUUCCCACCAUCUUCAGGAUAAAGUCCCAGCUCUUUAGCAUAGCAUGUAAGGUCCUUUAUGAUCUGACCUUGCUUGCCUUUUCAGUCUCAUCCCUCCCAACUCUUGCACAGACACCACUCUUGGGCCAUAGUGAAUUACUCACCAUUCCCAGAUGCACCAGACUCUUGUAUACCUCAGUGCCUUUGCACAUGCUGUUUGUGCUGCAUGGAAUGCCCUUCCCCAUCACCACCUCUACUUGGCCACUCUACUAAUGCCUCUUUAUUCUUUUAUACUCAGCUUUCUGUCUAAGUUUCUCCUAAGCUAAGUUAGAUGUCUCUCCUCUAUGAUCCUGCAGUAUUCCAUGAAUACCUAUAUUAUCACAUUUAUUGUAUUGUAUUAUAAUUGUUGGAAACUUGUCUGUCUCCCUUUUAGAAUGUGAGCUCCCUGAGAGCAGAACUAUGUCUUCCUUAUCUCUGUAUCCCCAAAGCUUUGCACAGUAACUUGCACAUAGUAGGUUUUCAAUAAAUGAUUAUUAAAUAAAUAAAUGGUAGUGGUUUCUGCAGCAAGAAUCAAUGUAAAAAUCAGAUACAGCUUAGCAUUUCUUCUCUUCUUUUAUAAUUACAAUUAUAGACUCAGAGUUGAAAGGUACGUUAAACAAAUUGCCUUCAACAGUAACAUGAUAGAGGUCAUCUAGACUCAUCUUGAACACUUUCAGUGAUGGGAACUCACCUAUUCAACAUGGAAGCCCGUUUCUUUGUUGGAUCACUCAGAACUCUUCUUUAUACUGACAAGAUCUACCUUCUUGUAAUUUUCACUUGCUCCUGUUCUGCCCUCCGACACUAUAGUGAACAAGUCUAUUUCCUCUUGCAGACUUAAGAUAACUAAUACAUUCAUGGCCACCUCUAACCUCUCACUUACUACCUUCUCUUUUCUCCAGGCAGAACAUCUUAAAUUUCCUUAAGUCUUCUGUAUAUGAUAUGAUUUCUAAAUCCAAUAUCACUCAAGUUGCCUCCCUGGGUGCUCCCUAGUUUAUGGACCUAUGCUUUUUAUUAUUUUCUUCUAUUCUCAGGUCAACCUCUGAGUGAAAAUAGUGGCCAGAAGUCUGAGUAGAUUAGAGUGUAACUUAGUAAAAUUUAAAGUAAGAGUAUAUUUACAACAUUAGACAAUUACUGUUCCUCCUUUCAUGUUCCUCUCCUCAAUAUUUUUUAAAGCAUAUCUGUAAAAGUAUGUCAUUCGCCCGGUGUUCUUCAUUAAACUAACAAAUAGCACUUGGUGGGAGUUUUGGAUCAGAACAGAGAUUCACAGCCUCUAGUGUGCAUAAAAUUCACCUGGCCCCACCACCAGACUCUUGAGUGUUAGCACCCAGGAGUUGUUUUUAACAAAGACCCCAGCAGAUUCUGAGGAUGGGGUUGAGGACUGUAUUUCCUUUCAGGACCACUGGUCUCAAGAGAGCUGAACCUUUGAGCAGCCUUUUGCAGGUGUGUGGCGUGCUGUCAGGGCUGUUGAGGCAAAAGCUUUCUAGGAAUCAGUGGUUUCACCCUGGCUGCACCUUGGAAUCAUCUAGGGGGCUUAAAAAUUACUGAUGUCUGUGCCCCUUCCCCAUGGGGACUCUGACUUAAUUGGUCUGGGGAGCAGCAUGGGUAUCUGAGUUUUCACACGGUCCCCAGCUGAUGUGGGUUGAGGGCUGAGAACCACCAUAUUGAAUGAAAUGACUAAUUGCCUAAAACUGCUUUAACCAGGGAGGGGAUUGGGAAGAAUGGAGGAUAGUAAAUAGAAUAUGACUUGGUGUUCUCUAGGAAAGGCUGUACAGCCUCCAGAACAUUGGAGAGAUGUGUUCAUUAUGUAUGUUAGACAAAGGACCACUCUCCUCAUUUAAUGUUUCCAAAGCUUUGAUUUUGAGUCUAGGAUCAAAUGAUUGAAUAAAAUAUAAACUUGCCUUUACAGUCUCCACUACCAAGGUGUGGUGGUUUGCUCGGCUACUCAUAAUUUUCAAAUGUAGUUUAGAUAAAUUUGCUUUUAAACCUCUGUCUGGAGGAUCACAUUCAUCUUGCUCUUCAUUAAGAUUUAGCAGUUUCCAAAACGUCUGGAGAGACUUCGUGGGGAAGGAAGAUGGAUGGCCUGAAGGAGACAAGCCCCAUCUCCCGCCUCCUCCCCGCCCUGCCCCGCCCCCCCACCCCCCAGUCUUCUCCACAGUUUCACCCUUGUCACUUCAUCAGGCCCCUCAUGAAGCCCCCCACAGGUUAUCACAGCCGCCCUAUAGGCUGCCUGCAACCAUUUGCAGCUUGUGAAAAUGAUUUUCUCAGCCCUCGCCUGAGAUAAUGUCCCUGGAUAAUGACUUUUAGCAGAUGCAGAGAGAUUGCACUGCCACCCCCUAGGUCACAUGCAGCUUGAGAACUCUCCAGUGUGUUUACAUGUUGAUAUGCAGCCAGCAAGGCAGCCCACAGCGAAGUGUGCCCCACUGGAAAAUAGUAAAAUGAGAGGCUUCAACUGGCUUUCCCCCCCUAAUCUAAUCUACCUCAAUGACUUAGGACUAACUCUUCCUAGAAUGUUUGGUUACCAAGAUAAGGUUGCUCAUAUAAAUAAGUUAUCCUUCCAAACCCAGCCCCUCACAGAAUGUGGGAAGGUCAGCAUUCUGACCCCUUCUGCUUUGAAGGGCCCUGUCUUUACUCCUCUGGUCUCUCUCCUUCCCUGAGACGGAGCCGCCUGACUUCUGACUCUCGUCUUCACUUAUAGGCCCUGACCUCUUUGAAGUCUGAUAUUGAUUACAGUGAAAUGUCAAUUGUCUGAUUGCAAUGGGGCACCUGGAACUUAUUCAGAUAAGCAGAGGCGUUUCGAAUGUUAAUGAAGCUUGUUGGGAGCCAUGACCUUCUUCUAAAUAAUGGUCUUUUGGGAAAAGGAGGAUCAGGCAAUUGAAGUGUCACUCUCUCUUUUUUAUUAGUUCAGUUGCUUUUUCUCACCACAAGACACUGAUUGAAUUAUGGUGUGUUUUGGACGGUGUAUCUCUGCCCUUUGGACAGAAGUUUUAGACAUUGAGAUAGAUGAGCUGUUACAGGGUUGCCUGGUGUUGCUCAUUCAGACUUAACUUUUCAAGCAAUAAAUUUCCCAAGUCUAUAAGUGAAACUAAUGUUUCUCUAUGUGCGUUGGUUGAGUCUCUGGCCAAAAAGUAUUGACUGAUUUUCAAACAUG